UAUCUAAACAUUUUCAAAAAAUAUCUUGACACUGUUUUCACCACCAAAGAUCAUCAUCAGUGUGAUUUUAAAAUGAUUUGACUCUUUGCAGGCUGUCAGGCUGUCUAGUCACAGAGGAAGGCUGUGCUUCUCUGGUCUCAGCUCUGAGGUCAAACCCCUCACACCUGAGAGAGCUGGACCUGAGCUACAAUCACCCAGGAGACUCAGGAGUCAGACUGCUCUCUGCUGGACUGGAGGAUCCACACUGCAGACUGGAGAAACUCAAGUAUGUAGAGGGUUUAUGUCAAUGUUCAUAUCAGACAUGUUGGACUUAUCAGGCUGGUUUAGACAAACAUUCUGACCACCACUUGGACAAAGGUGUGUGUGUGUGUGUGUGUGUGUGUGUGUGUGUGUGUGUGUGUGUGUGUGGAGUGUGUGUGUCGGUGCGUGCGUGAGCGUGCAUGCAUGUGUGAGAGCGCGCGCGUGUGUGUGUGUGUGUGGAGUGUGUGUAUGUGUGUGUUUGUGUAUCGGUGCUUUGUGAGCGUGAGCGCAUGUGUGUGUGUGUGAGACACUCAAUGACUGCCUGUUCUUCUGCUUACCGCUACAGUGUGGAACAUGGUGGAGAGAACAGAAUGAAACCUGGACUUAGAAAAUAUGUCUGUGAUCUCACACUGGAUCCAAACACAGUAAACAGACACCUCUCUCUGUCUGAGGAGAACAGAAAGGUGACAUGGAGGACAGAGGAGCAGCCGUAUCCUGAUCACCCAGAGAGAUUUGAGGACUGGGGACAGGUGCUGUGUAGAGAGGGUCUGACUGGGCGCUGUUACUGGGAGGUAGAGUGGAGUGGGAGUGGGGCUGAUAUAGCAGUGACAUAUAAAGGAAUCAACAGGAGUGGAGGGGGUAAUGACUGUGUGAUUGGAUUAAAUGACAAGUCCUGGACUCUGUUCUGCUCUGACAACAGUUACACUGCCUGGCACAAUGAUAAUACCACUACCAUAGACGUCCCCUCCUCCAGCUCCCACAGAGUAGGAGUGUAUCUGGACUGGCCAGCCGGCACUCUGUCCUUCUAUAGAGCCUCCUCUGACACACUGGCCCACCUGAUCACAUUCACCUCCACAUUCACUGAGCCACUCUAUCCAGGGUUUGGGGUUUAUUAUGAUGGCAACUCAGUGUCACUUUAAACAAUAACACACAAAGAACACAAACACUGGACGGACACACACACACACACACACACACACACACUGGACACACACACAUACUGGACACACACAACCAGGACACACACACACAGGACACAAAAACACUGGACGGAGACACACACACACAAACACACACACACACACACACACAGGACAUAUACACAGGACACACACAGAGGACACACAGGACACAAACACACAAGAUACACACACACACACACUGGACACACACACACUGACACACACACACUCUGGACACACACACACUGACACACACACUGGGCACACUCUCACACACACACAAACGCGUCUUCCUAUAAUUGUGAGGACCUUGACUCAGGAACUUCAAAUGAUUUUUCUGAUAGAAUUGGGAACAGACACCUCAUUCCAGCACCAAGUGGUCCCACAAACACAGAGGUGUAAAUAUAACAGGAAUACAAAUAUUAUUCCAGACAUUAUAGACUAGAACUCCUUAUGAAUGUCUGCAGCCGAUGAGACUGUUGGCGUCUGACAAGAGGUGAAAAUAUUACAGGAAUAUUCUGCAAAUGUUGAUGAAGACGUCACUCAAUCCCUCCAAAACAUCAUGCAGUCUUUCCACAAGACUCCCAUGAAGUUAUAGUGUGACGUUAUGAGUUAACGUUAAAGUAACAUUCUCAGAACAUACUGCACUUGUUUUAUACUGUUUUAGAUGGAUCCUCUGUUUAUCAUCUUGUUUUAUACUGUUUUAGAUGGAUCCUCUGUUUAUCAUCUUGUUUUAUACUGUUUUAGAUGGAUCCUCUGUUUAUCCUCUUGUUUUAUACUGUUUUAGAUGGAUCCUCUGUUUAUCAUCUUGUUUUAUACUGUUUUAGAUGGAUCCUCUGUUUAUCAUCUUGUUUUAAACUGUUUUAGAUGGAUCCUCUGUUUAAACAUUUAAACUCUUACAAUAUCACCGUUAAAAUACCAAUGUGAUCAUUUGUUGUAUGUUUUUUUAUGUUGAAAAACAAAUACAAUUAUACAUGGACAUAUGCUCCAUAGUUGUACAAGUAUAUAAGGAUAUAUUGUACUUUUUGUAAUAAAACGUACUUAAAACAAGAAAAA